AUGGAUGCAUUCAUUACGAGAAAGAAACGAAGGGUCUCUGCACCCAGAGAGGAUCCCAGCCCAGCAAGACAUGAGGCUCUCAAUCUCCCAUCGAAUUCGGAUCUCGCAGGCGAUGAUUCGACAGACGUCAAACUAGCCAUUUUGAUAUCCCUGUUCCCAAAAGUUGGACAAGACGAUAUCCUCGAUAUCCUCGUAUCAUGCGAUGGCUCUGUAGAAGCCGCUUCUUCACUGCUCAAGUCACAACCACCCGCGAAACAAACACCAGGAAAAAAGCGAGCGACUCCCAGCUCGUUUCUGGGCAUUCAAACAUCACUGUCAUCCCAUGUCAUGACUAAAUCCAAAGAUGGGCUACUCACAUCUCUCAGCGAAAGCAUGCAGAGUCGGAAGCCUCCAACUAUCAAGAAAGGGAAGACGCUACACCUCUAUGCCCCUGAGGACAUUGCUGCUUACACGCCUUGCACGAUCAUACACAAUUUUCUUCCCCCCGAAGAGGCCAAUAACCUACUUGUUGAGCUGCUCGAUGAAUCCGAGUACUUCUCCAGAUACGAGUUCCAACUUUUCAACCGCACCGUCCAGAGUCCACAUAGCGCGUGUGUAUACGUCUCUACGCCCGAAGAAUUCAAACAACAGACAACUGAGUACACUUAUGGCGGGACCUAUCGAGCAAAUGUGCGACAAGCAACGCCGCAUCUGCGCUCCGCAUCGCGAAAGGUUCAAAGCCUCGUGAACGACGAGAUACAAACACGCAUCAAUAAAGUCUAUCCAGAAGGAAAGAAACUCAAAUUCCAAUCCCCGAAGGAAUGGCGACCUAACGCGGCAUUUGUAAACUGCUAUAAUGGACCUACGGAGAGUGUGGGGUAUCAUUCAGAUGACCUGACCUACCUCGGACCACACCCAAUAAUAGGAAGCUUAAGCCUGGGCGUGGAACGAGAAUUCCGAGUCCGUCGGAUCAUUCCUCAAGAUGAUGCGGACGAAGAGGAUGAUAAACAGACCAAUCAAGAUCGGGUCGAUUCAUACUCGCGAUCCACCAAAGAUGAGAGAGCGGCAGCAGCCCGCGCCGAUGCUCAGGGGCAGAUCUCCAUUCAUCUUCCCCAUAAUUCUCUUCUUGUGAUGCACGCAGAGAUGCAGGAGGAAUGGAAGCAUGCAAUCACUCCUGCUCAGACAGUUUCGCCUCACCCGCUCUCCGGUACUUGUCGAAUUAAUGUCACCUACCGCUGGUAUCGUGAUACUCUACAUCCGCGUCACACACCACGAUGUCGAUGCGGUGUACCGGCGAUUCUUCGAUGUGCACAGCGCAAGCAAGAGAACCGCGGCCGCUAUAUGUGGAUGUGCUAUGCCGGAUAUACACCAGGGAAAGAGGGGUGUUCGUUCUUUCAAUGGGCCGAGUUCGACGACGACGGCAAUCCGGUGUGGGAUCAUAAGCAAAGCAAGGAUGUGGCACCAGCUUUGUCCAAUUUUUCAGCAUCGCAGUAG